AUGAAUACUACUUUUACUACUACUACUCGCGUGUUGCUAUCUUUGCUAAUCUUGAGCUUGGUGGGGACCCAUUCGUUAGCCCAGCUGUCAGCUCCCAUGAGAAAUUAUAAUGUCACAAGCCCUGUGUCCAAUGGCCCUUAUGUCGUGGAUCGUAUCCUACCAUGCACCUAUCGUCUUAUGAGUGAUGUUGACAGUUCAUCGCUUCGUCUCCAAAUCAUUCUUAAACCAGUGGCUACGACGCCAACAACCUCAUCAUCGGGUAAUCAACAACAUGGUGCUGGUGCUGCUGCAAGUGCUGCUCCUGCAUCGGCUGCUGCUGCAUCACCUACUACUGGAGGAGGAGGAGGAUCAUCAACAAAUAGCAGCAGUAGCAGCAGUAGUGGUAGUGGUGGUAAGAAUGCUACGCAACCGGAGCCUAUUGUGAUUACGGAUAAUGCGGAUGUGUCAAAAACGGAAGCAUCCGCCAAGCAUGAUGGGAACAUUACAUACUAUGAGCAUUCAUUCAACUUUAAGAUCCCAUCGACUGUGGCACCAGGGCGUUACAAUGUCGUGUUUUUUGAUGCUUCAACGAAUACUGAACUCCCCAUUCCUAUCGAAAUCCGGUCAGCUGCACCCGCUCAGUCUCCCAAUGGCAGUUCAGGGGGCAAGACAUUGGGCGGUUCCUCGAACGGUAAUUCAAAUGAUGGUCAUUCUCAGAGCAUCUUUGCUUCUUCCACCAUGUCAACGCCAUCUGCUUGCACCUUUACACGUAUUAUUAUCAUGUUGUCCAUUGUAAUGUUUGCAUUUGCUGUUUGA